AUGUUUGCCAAGCUCACCACCGCCUUCGCGCUCUUUGCCGUCGCUGCGCAGGUCGCAGUCGCCGCGCCCCCAGCAUGCCUCCUCGCCGCGGUCAACACCCAGGACGAUCCCUCCGACAUGAAGACUGUCUGCGGCGACGGCGCGUCUGAGGUCAAGAAGUACUUGUCCUCCAACUGCGGCGACAACACCGACGCCGCCAAUGACGCCUUCGAGGAGCAGUGCAAGGAUGCUGGUGUGUCCGUCUCGACCUCGACCUCCUCCUCCGCCUCCAAGUCCGGCAGCGCCUCCCACUCCGCCACCGGCUACGGCUCCUCGUCUGCUUCUGCCACCAAGUCCUCGCACGAAUCUUCCGCCUCAGCUUCCGCUACAGGUACCACCACAUCGUCUCCCAGUGGCAUUGUCCCUCCUUACCCCAUUGGCACCGGUGCUUCUUCUGGUUUCUCCACGGCCACUACUAAUGGCACAGGUUACGUAGUCCCCACGGGCUCAGGCCCUUCGAGCUCUGGCUCUUCGCCAGCUGCCCCCACCGAGAGCGGCAUCACCUCUAGCACCGGUGGUGCCUCGCGUCUGGGCAUGGAUGUUGUUGGCUUGGCAGCAGUGGGCAUCUUCGGCGCCAUGCUUGCUUUGUAA